AUGGAUGUUCAAAAUAGAUGGAAUUCUACAUUCUUGAUACUUGAGACUGCUUUGCCUUUGAAAGAUGCUUUUUGUCGUUUAGAACAAAUGGACAGAAAUUACAAGCUCAACCCUUCAAAAAAUGAUUGGAAAGUGGCUAGUGUUGUUCAUGGUUGUUUGAAAAAAUUUUAUGAAGCCACAUGUCAUUUUAGUGGUUCUAAUUUUCCCACAGCAAAUGUUUUCUUUCCCGAUAUAUGGAAUCUUCGUCUUAAGAUGAGGCAAUGGGAAGUUAGUGAGCAUGAUUUUAUUCGAGAAAUGGCUAUUCCAAUGAAAACAAAAUUUGAUAAAUAUUGGGAAGAAUGUUCAUUGGUGCUGGCUAUUGCUGUGGUACUUGAUCCUAGAUUUAAGUUGGCUUUAGUAGAGUAUUAUUACAAUGCUCUUUAUGGAGAAGGUGGUGAAAGAUAUAUGGAUAGAGUUCGUAAUGCUAUUGCUAAUUUGUUUGUUGAAUAUGGAGGUGACCUUGCUCCUUUUUUGAGUUAUGUUGGAGAUAAUAUAGGAGAAGGGACUUCUAGUUCAGGUAACAAAAAUAUAGAUGGACAAGAUGAUGAUGAUAAGUUGUCUGAUUUUGACAAAUGGUAUCAGCAAUCAAGUUCUUCUACUAUUCUUGCUAGCCAAAAAUCUGAAUUGCAAUCAUACUUGGACGAGCCUGUAUUUCCAAGAAAAGAUGAUUUUGACAUACUAGGUUGGUGGAAGGCAAAAAGUCCAAAAUUUCUUAUUCUUAGCAAGAUGGCUCGUGAUAUUCUUGCAAUUCUAGCUACUACUGUGGCAUCAGAAUUAGCAUUUAGCAUUGGCGGAAGGGUAAUUGAUGAGACUCGUGCUUCUUUGCUUCCUGAUAUGGUCAAAGCUUUGAUAACAACUGGAGAUUGGUUACCUUUGAAAAAGAAAAGAAAGUUAUUUGGAGAAGAUUUGAGUGAUUCUUCUAAAGUUCUCAAGUUAGGGUGA